AUGGACGUUCUCACCAACACGGAAAAGGCGGCUCUGGCUCGCGCCAUCGACAAUGGCGAUGUCACGGCGCUCAACCUCCUCGUAUCGCUGCCGCACCGAGCUGAGGCGGUCAGAAGCCUUCAACGCGUUCUGACCGGUCGACAAGAUCUGCGUCUCCGCCACUGCGGCGCUCCGGCCGCCGCACUUCAGCCCGUCUCCGUCUACCAUCAGCCACGCCUGACCCACCCACGGCGCUCAGCAUUGACGUCGACCGGGGCGCUCGGUUGGGCACCACCAACCUCUACAGCAUCGACUUCAUCACGCCGGCUCGUCUCGGGCUUUAUCUGCGCUCAACGCAGUGCGAUGCACGUCAACCUCGUGGUGCGCAUCCUCCGAAACAACGCCGCGCGCGGUAACCCUUUCCCGAGCUACCGCAUCGUGCACGUCGACACGGGCGAUGGCAAGGAGACGCCGCUAAGGGUGGUGCAGGAUAGCGACCUGUUUUGGGACGGAGGUCCCCGCGGCAGGUUUCGACCCGGCCAUCUGGUCAUCCUCCGCAACGUCGCGGCUGUUCCUAUCCACACCAGAGCUGGUUUGCUGUACGAAAGAGAGAGUAGCGCCGAGCGGUUCGAGCAGGACGAGCCGAGCUGGGACCAGCUGCUCCAGUGGCAUCGCUGGAUCGACGCCCACGCAGAACGUCAAACCCCUUGA